ACUAAGUGGAGGCUGUUUUGAUCUGCUCUUUGAACUACAAGCUGGAAAAGCAGGUGCGCGAGAAUAGAGAUAAAAGACGCAAACAAGCCAGGUAGAGCUAAAUAGCGUAACCCCCCUUGAAUCAUAGUUAACGGCGACGCUUAUUCAGUGCUUUUGGAGGCGGUUUGGUAAAACAAUAGGCUGUUGACUUGUUCUUCUACCGUUAAUAUCACAGGUUGUGCAACGAUAUUGGUAAGAUAUACUUUUUGGUUUAUUAAUUUGAGCAAGUCUUGGUGCUGAUGACAAUAACACUAUCGCCAGCCCUAGCAUAUAUGACAGCACAUUUAUCGAAUUAAAACCUUAGCUUUAAGCAGGAAAAAGCUGUCCACGAGAGCAGAAUAAUGAUAAAUGAAUGCUCCUAUUUCUUUAAACAAGAUCAAGGUGCUAUUGGAUUAUAAAUUAGCAUAAGAAACUCAUUAACUGCUGAAAAUCAUUAAGAGUAGGCGUUUGGCUGACAAACUAAAGGCGUCAUUUAAGUCAUCCAAAUGAGCUGUGAUAAGAAAGCCCGAAAAUAAGUUCACUUGAUUCAACGACGGAGCUGGGCCAUAUCUCCAUUGAUUCUAGAAAGCGCAAUUCAUCAAAGAUACUGCACUAAAUACGGCGCCAAAAUCACGAACAAAUACUAGAAGACUUUACUUAGACAAAGCAGCAAUCAAUCAUCAAUGAUGUUGGUAAAAGCAUUUCUAGUUACUUUAGUUUUAUCCUACACAAGAGAGACAACAUCGAAAGUUCAAGAUCUGUCGAACGCUACAAGGCAUUUUCAAGAUGGUAAUAUUAUCAUAGGUGCUUUGCUGAAAAUACACUUCAACAAUCAACCCAAUAAUGGCGCAAUUUGCGAACAAUUUGACCGCCAAGGUUUUGGCUUUGCUCAAGUUUUCGCUUACGCCAUCGACAAAAUCAACAAAGAUACCAAUCUGCUACCUAAUAUAACAUUGGGUUACGAUAUAAGAGAUUAUUGCAACCAUCCUCUAUUGGCAGUUAAAGCUGCUUAUGACUUUGUCAGCGGCGUUCCUCGAAACCGCGUAGCUGCAGUGGUUGGUCCGCAAGACUCAAGUACAGCCUUGAAGAUCGUAGGUUUACUUCAUGUCAAGAAUGUUCCUCUGAUAAGCUUUGCCGCCUCGAGUGAAGAACUGAGCGACCCAAUGUUCAGUAAUUUCUUCAGAACGAUUCCUCCGGAUGUUAAUCAGGCAAAAGCACUGGCUGAUCUUGUGGACUUUUUCAAAUGGAAAUAUGUUGCAGCUGUGGCGGUAGAUGAUUCUUAUGGAAGAUAUGGUAUUAGGGGCUUGGCAGACGAAGCUGAUGAGAGAUCCACCUUUUGUAUUGCAUUUACAGAAUACUUCACUCCUACUGGAUAUCAAAACAGAAUAAGGGACAUUGUUACCAGAUUGARGAAAGAGAAAAAUAUCAAAGUGAUUAUUCUGUGGGGAACUGAAGAGCCAUCGAAAAGAUUCCUUGAUGAAGCCAUGAGGCAAAAGUUAGAAGGAAAAACUUAUUUACUUAGUGAUUCACUUGCUACGAACGAGAUAUUGUUUUUCGAAGAGUACACAAGUGUUUUAGAUGGUUGCUUAGGUACAAUUCCAUACCAUGAAGCUUACAAGGAUUUUAGCACUUUCAUGAGGCAAGCGACGCCACGGACUACACGGGAAAGCAAAAUGUGGAAUGAGCUUUGGGAACUUGAAUUUACUUGCUCCUUCGCCAACAAUUCCAACAGGCCAUGCCAUAUUCAUGAAAAUCAAACCAUGUCGAAUAAAACUUUUGAUCAUAUGUACAGUGCGUUUAGUGCCAAAUUAGUUGAUUCUGUUUAUGCCGUUGCGCAUGCUUUACAUGCAGCAUACGGCUGUACAAAUGGAACCUCUUCUCAAGUUGGCUCAUGCCCCAAAUUUAAUAAUCAUGUAGAACCCUUAACAGUGACACGCUUUUUGAAAAGCGUUAAUUUUCUAGGUUUAAGUGGAACUACCAGGUUUGAUAGUGUUGGCAAUCCGUUAUUUUCGUGGUACAACAUCAUCAACGCUCAAAAAAAGAAAACUUUUUUUGCCAAUGAGCUGAGCUACGAUAAAAAGGUGGUUGGCACAUGGAAAGACAACAAAAGUAAAACCUUGGACAUUGACAGGAAAAUUAUCAGAUGGAAUAAAAAAAGCACUGAUGCCAAUACUCCCCCGGUAUCCAUAUGCAGCAAUGCAUGUCUCCCCGGAACCAAACGCAUUAUGACGUCACGGUGCUGUUGGAAGUGCAUUGCCUGUGAAGACGCUGUAAGCUACAAGGCAAACUCAGAAAACUGCACAAAAUGCGAGAAAAAACAAAAACCCAAUGAAAACAGAACUGAAUGCAUCGCCCUUCCUUUUGGUAAUUUUACUUGGUCAAGCUCGGUCGCUGUUGUUUUGCUUUCAAUGUCCGCAUUCGGCCUCUUACUGUCCAUCGGAUCUUUUGUCGUUUUUCUACGCAGCUGGAACACUCCAAUCAUAAAAGCAUCAAACCGAGAACUUUCGACUGUCCUCAUUGCAGCGAUAGCAAUCUUUUUUGUACUGGCUAUUCUAUAUUUGGAUGUUCCAACACCUGUCCUUUGCGUCAUACUGUCGCCUUUACGCUACCUUAUGUAUAGCAUUUGCGUGACUGUUUUGUUUCUCAAAACUGCCCGGAUUCUAUACGCUUUUCAGACGAAACUUCAAAGGCGCAAUUCGACAAUUGUCAAGAAAUUGAUACAAGGAAAAUCUUCUAUUUGUGGGGUCAUUUUGGUCAACACUGUACAAUUUAUACUGUCAAUAUGCUCGAUUGUUAUGGAUCCUCCGGUUGUAGAGGAGAAUAUUAGACCAGGAGAAUCUAUUAUCUUAGGAUGUUUACCCUACCGGAGUAGUAUAGGAAGGGGAUUACACUUAACCAUGCUAUUUUAUCUUCUCAUACUCAUUAUUAUCUCAACCACCUAUUCUUUCAAAGCUAGAAAAAUCCCCGAAAACUAUAACGAAGGUCGCUGUAUUGUUUUCUCGCUGUACAUUAUCAUUUUAUCCUGGGUCGUGUACUAUCCUGUUGACUUUGCGCUUGAUGGCUGGUACGUUGCAAUAGUCUCAAACGCGUCCACCCUACUAAGCUCUUAUGGUUUACUCAUCUGUAUCUUUUUCCCCAAAUUGUAUAUCAUAUUCUUCCAUCCAGAGCAAAACACUCUAGAGUAUGCUAGAGCACAAUUAACAAACCAUAACAUGCAAAGGACAACGACAGGUCUGACCUCGUUAAAUGUCACAAAGUUUGAACCAAUCAACACUGAGAAAUCUGCUACAGCGACACCUGAACUGUGCUCUGAAAUCCAAGACACGUCAAAGAAUCAUGUAAUGCCAUCUCCACUUGCUGAGGAGAAAAACGCUCGGAAUAGCUGUGUUGCUUUAAGACCCUAGGUGCAAGUAUUGACCAAAUAUUGACACCUUUCACUUCAUGCUAUUUCCCAGGAAAAAAAAUGGAAAUGGAUAUCAUAGUAUCAAAUGCUUUCUGGUAUUGAUCUAAAUGUCCUGCAUUUUGGACCUUAGUUUUUUUCUUUUUUGUGGGAGAGAGGGGGCGCUUAAUCAGACAGUUGACAUUUCAUGGCAUCAAGAAAUUGAAAAGAAAAAAAAAAUUGGAAAAACUGCACGGCAAAUAAGGUUUCAUCAUAGUUAAAUAACAUACUAACUAUAGUUUCCUAUCACUUUUAGGCGGCUAUCAGCAAGAAAAAUAACGCCAUAAAUAAGCUUAAAUUAAGGACGUUCAUGGGCAAAAGAUUCCAUCGUCAAAUUUUUUUGAAUUUUGCACAAUGAAAGAACAUCAUACUAGAAGUAAAAUAACCAAAUAAAAAAUGGGGGUCCCCGACUUCGUUUAGCCUUCAGAAUACGUGGAAGUUCACCCUUUUUACUGUAAAAACGCGCGAACAACGUGAACAUAGAAAGCUGUCAAAAAUUGGUAAUAUUUUACUGAAAAAAUAAGUUGAUCGUCCCCUUUUUUUACAGAAGAUUAGAAAAUAGCCAAGUUAGCAUUUGAAAUUUGAAAUAAAAAUGAGAKAUAUUUUUUA